AAUACAAAAGAGUCAAACUUGGGACUUCGAGAUGGUAAACUCCUCCGUCUUGGCCGAUCACCAACUGCACUGCCCCUCGAGUUUCUCUGCAACCACUUUACUAGCUUAUAAUAUUUUUAUGAGAUAUUUACAUACACAAAUUUGCGUCCCCCUGACCUACACGUGCCCGUACGCUCCUUACGGGACUUGGCUCUACAGUCCAUAUAUAUAGACUCUGUACAGGCAGUCCAGUCCAGUCCAGCUCCUUACUGAUAAGUGUGUGGUCGAGUAAAGAAGGAAGAAGAAGAAGAAAAUGCCGCGAGCCGGGUUUAGGGGGUCACUGACUGGUCCGAAGGUGGACGUGAUAGUGGACAUGGGCAAUCCCUUCCUCAAUCUCACUGUCGAUGGCUUCUUGAAGAUCGGCACUGUUGGAGUAGCCAAGGCGGCGGCAGAGGAAACAUAUGACAUCGCCAAAAAGGGGAGUAUUUCACAACACCAGUUAGAGCACUCGUUAAAGAAAAUGUGCAAGGAAGGCGCCUAUUGGGGAACUGUAGCUGGAGUAUAUGUGGGAAUGGAGUAUGGGAUGGGGCGAAUACGCGGCACCAGGGACUGGAAGAAUGCAACGCUCGGGGGUGCUUUAACCGGGGCUCUGGUGUCUGCGGCCAGCAACAGUAAGAGGGACAAGAUCGUAAUGGAUGCAAUUACUGGGGGUGCCAUUGCAACUGCUGCCGAGUUCCUCAACUAUCUCACCUGAACAAUGAUAACUAGUUUUUCUCCCACCUCUUCCAAUGGUGAUGAAGCUAUGAGAUUUAUCAGUUUGUAAGAGAGAACAUCCCUCCUAUUUUGUUGAUAGAGCAACUUCAAAUCGUGGAUGCCUUGCACUUUUAAUCCUAAUCGUCUGGUACAAUGUUUUCUUC